CGCGCGUAUGUGUGCGUGUAGCACUGUUGCGGCCGUAGCCUCAGGUUCUCAGGUAAACGUACGGAACGGUACACAUUUUCUUCGAGGAUCAACAAAGUAACAGUGCAGCUAUGAGUGCCUGCGAAUCUGUAAGCGAACUCUUUGCAGAGUCUAUUGAAAAGGACAAUAUUUUCACGAUCGGAGCUACUGUGGACACAGGUUUCGAAUGGGAAGCGAUCGAUGAAUGCAGAGAGAAAUUAAACAAAGAUGUUCGGGUGGUUAAGCAACGCGGAAGAAUCUACUUCAACAUUGAUUGGGACCAGUUUCCAAAAGUUCAACAAAUGAGAUCGAUAGAUCAUAUAUUCAUAGUCGCUGAUAACGGAACUUUGUCGUUUACCAAGGAUAAAGAAUCAGAUUUACAAUGUAUAAGGAGUUAUAACUUAAAUAUAUUCUCAAACUCAGAUGAUAGAUGGAAAAAAACUCUUGAGGCAUGGAAAUGCGCAACAGAUUUUAAGGGAAAACUUUAUCCAACAAUUGAAGAAUAUUCUGCAGCUAAAGAACAAAACCUAAUAGUCAAAGCAGAGAUGUUAAAGCUACGUAACAAAGAACAGGAAGAAAAAGAUCCCUUUGACUGGGAUGUAUCAGAGAUGAAAGAAGAAAAAGGGAAAAAGAGGGGACAAGAUCCUUCACAAUCCAAGGAAAGCGAUAUACUUAAAUAUAGAGUAACAUGUGAGAGGAGUGGCAAACAUGUAGUUGAAUCUAAGGAUGUUGCUGGGGUUAUUGGAGAAGUAUUGCAAGACAAGUUUCAUUGGCUAGUUGACUUAUCCACGUAUCACCUAGAAAUUGUCUGCAAAUUGAUAGAUGCUGAACUAACAACUCACUUACGUGUGACGCACAAAUCUAAGCAUAAUAGAAACAUUAUAAGUUUUGGACCAACUACCCUUAGAUCAACUAUAUGUUAUAAUUUACUAAAAUUGGCAAAACCUAAGCCAGGAGAGAUAAUAAUAGAUCCUAUGUGUGGAGGAGGCUCCAUUCCUAUAGAGGCAACACUAGCUUAUCCAGACUCAUAUGUCUUAUGCGGUGACAACGAUUCUAGAGCUGUGAAUAGAACAAAGUCAAACAUGGAUGCUUCAACAGUUGGAUGUAAAAUAGAUCUCGUACAAUGGACUGCUUCAAAAUUGCCAUUCAAAGAUUCUUUUGUUGAUAUUAUUGUUACUGACAUGCCUUUUGGUAAAAGAAGUGGAAAUAAGUCACAUAACAAAGUUUUUUACAAGGAAUUUUUGCUAGAACUCGGUCGUAUAGUAAAACUAAAUGGAAGAAUAAUUUUACUCACCUAUGAUAGAUGUAACUUUAAAGAUGCUUUAAUGGCAGCUGGCGAUUUAUUUUGGGUAAUAAAGAUAAUUGGUGUAAACGUAGGAGGUCUUCCAGCUGUAGUUUAUGUUUUAAACCGCACUCAAGUAUCUCUUCGUUCUUUCAAACCUCGUGUGACUAAACCAUAUGGAAAGCAUAAUUAUCCGAGAGACGGUAAAAACUCGUCUACUAAAUCAACUAAAAAAACUUUGGCUGAUUAGAUAUUUCGCUUACAUAAGUGUUAUGAUAUAAAUUUAUAUUUUUGUACGAUGAGAGAGAGACAGAGAGAAUUAAGAUUAAUAAAAGUUUAUUUACGUGUUUGGCAUAUAAA